AUGACCGCAGACAAUCCAGAAUCUGUUAGAAAUGACGCUACAGCAGAGAUUCAAACAGACCAAAAUGGGUCAAGUACCAGGCAACCCGCUAAGGGGUCACCAUGGAAACAGCGAUUUCCGCAACCACCACUUCCGGUCCGUGCGUUUUUACCGCCCACCUUAGCUCUGUCCCCGGGAAAUUUGUAUCCCUCUGCGGGUGGCUGUCUGCUUUCGGUGGAGGACUGCCGGGAGGUGGAGGAAGAUACCCUAGAGCCAGGUACGGCCCUGACUUGGGGCUCCAAUUCAGCCCUUCCGGUGGCUGGAGAUACGAGGAGGAAACGGGCGGGCAGGACGCUGCAUCUACCGGCUCGCGGAGAGCAGCGGGCCCCGCCUCCCCCUCAACAAAGGCCGGGUUCGAAGCUAGCCUGCGGCUUGGCGGUCCACCGCAGCCUUACCAAGUUGGGCAAGUCGCUGUUGCUCUUCCCCAAGGACCAUGCUCUGUGGCUGCUGUGGGACAGCUUCGUGUGGGGCCGCCGCGCCAACUGGUACGGGCGCAGUGACCACUUGGUGGUCGGCUCUGGGCAUUUUGAUGUCUCUUCGGUGAUCCAGUAGAACUUGCGCUUUUUGAGGCUCGUGGUGGGCACCAUGCCCACUUUGCACCCUUUGUCCUCCCCAGCACAUGCGGGGGAACGAGAGGGAGACCAAACGGGCGACCUCAAAAAAGGAAGAGAGCUCCAGGCAGUAAGGCAUUCAGAGGCCGCCCAGCAUCCAGCCUCUGGUAUGAUUACAUUUGAAAAUGACAUUACGCAAAUACAAGUCUAUGCUGAUAAUCUAUCUAAUGAUGUCACUUCAGUACCUACUCACUGCAAAGAAGCCCAAGUGCAUAAAAGUACACAAAUUUCUCUGUAAAGGCACCUUUAUGGUCAUGUGGGUAUUCAAGCUACAGUAAAAGUAUUUGUGAGACUACAAGGUAUUGCAGUUACUCAGGCUGAUGAGUUAUGGUCUAGAACUUCCUCCGUCUUUGACAUUUACUUCAUUGACUCAGAAACAGAUUCAGACUGGUACAUCAAGAAAAAGAGUGAACAGAGUGAGUUGUCUUAUAUAGCUGUGCAACUGAAAGAAGAGACCUGUUAA